GUUACCGUCAAUGUCGUAAAUUCAGGUAAUGAUGAUAUUGACUAGCCAAUUAAUAUAAUGCCUGGGUAACUUGGUCAUUAUCUAUAAUCAACAUAUAUUUGUAACAUUGACUUGAUAAAUCAGACGAUGUUAUAAUUUGAUAAAUUCACUAGUUAUUAUAACAUAUCCUAUCGUCGUGAAGUCAAUGUUAUCUUUUAUCGUUUUAACUUUAAAAACCCACGUUAAGAUUAGGUAUAUGUUUUAUAACGAAUAAUAAUAGGUAUCUUUUAUAGUUUUAAUACUCACGGCAACUAACCUAACAUAAGUAUUGUUACAGUCUACGUUGUACUUUCGUAUAAUAUAGUUUAUAGUUUUGUAUAGUUUUUCAUUUCGAAAAGUGUUGAAUUGUUUUAUUAAAAAAAUGAAUUCAAAUGAAAUGCGUCAAAAAUUUUACAAAGCAUUAUCUGAUUUAUUGAAAAAUAAACGUGAAGAUAAUAAAUCAUUUUUAAACAAAGAAGAAUAUAUGUUAAGAUUGCAAGAAGUUAAAUUAGCUAAGGAAAAAAUUGGGAAGAAAAGUGCAAAGGAUUACAGAUACAUUCGAAUUGGCAGAUCACCGUAUGAGGCCAUGUUUGGGUGUCCUGUAAGACUUGGUGUAGCGUCAGUUGGAUUUCCACUCAAUGAAACCACUAAUUUAAACCAAGAAGAAGAUAUUGAAGAAAUUGAUAUCAUUGGCGAUGACGCGGUCCGUGACAUUCGUAAGUGCAAGAACUGCAGCGUACCGCAUUCGUGCAGGCUGGACGUACCGUCCGAUAGCAAAAGUUGCGACUUGCCUUUGUGA